AUGGCUUAUUCCCGUUCGCACUGCCGUUUCGGUGACCCCGACUUCACCCUCAGCCCCGGCACGCUGUACGACGUGCUCGGCGUCGCCGCUGCCACAUUGGGGCUCGAGAUCAUGGUGGCUUACUGGAGGCUCGCCGGCGCAUGCCACCCGAACGCGGUGGUCGCGGCGGACCGGCUGACGAGUUCAUGUGGAUCCACGCGGCCUACGAGACGCUCUCUGACUUGGACAAGAGCACCGAGUAUGAUCGAGGGGUCCUCGUCGCCGAUCGGAGAUGGAGGUCGUUCCAUUCUUCCUGAUCGUCGUAUUCCUUCUACGCCGGCCGACGCCAACCGCGGACGUGGGAGAUGGACCAGUGCUGGUAACUAA